AUGACUACUGCAGAUGAACGUAAAAGAUUAAUUAAAGAUUUUAUGAGUCUACAAAACGAUACGCCUCCAGGCGUAAAUGCAUAUCCAUUAAAGCAAAAUCUGGCUCAAUGGCACGGUUUGAUUUUCGGUCCAGAAGAUACCGUAUGGGAAGGCGGCAUUUUUGUCUUAUCCAUUAAGUUCCCGGAAAACUAUCCUGAUAAGCCACCUGUGGUUAAAUUUGUGACUAAAAUUUUCCACCCCAAUGUUUACGCUGACGGCUCAGACCCAAACCCGAAUUCACCGGCGAACGCUGAAGCUGCUAAACUAUAUAUACAUAAUAAAAGCGAAUAUAUGCGAUCUGUUCAAAAAUGCGUAUACGAAAGCAUUAAUUCAGCAGAAUUGCCGCUUGAGCAGUAG